CCAAAGCUUGGGACUGAUGACUCCAUUCGUCAUGCAUCGGUUCUGCGUGCAGCAUCUGCUCGUCACAUGGUGUCGACAUCUGCAGGAAUCUCCGAAUCAGUCCUCAAACCUCGACACCCACUCUAUCUGGCCGCGUUCAAUUUUCGCACUCUGAAGCAAGCAGGACAACAAGCUGCCCUUGCACUCACACUGGACUCGCCUGGCAUUAAUGUGUGCUGUGUCUUAGAAACGAGAACUCAAGAUGCAAGAACAGUGAUUGAGUCAACCGCCCCGUCAGUCUCUUUUCGCUUCCCAUUACGCAGCUCUGGUGAUCCAGAGGCUGCUGCGGUGGGAUGUGCAGGGGUUGCUCUCUCCACAAUUCCGCCGGAGGUUCUUCGACAUCUGCAGGAGAAGCUCCCCGAACUACCGGACCGUUCUGAGAAACUCGCUAUUGACGAUGCUCUGUUUCUACAAAGGAACGGCACCGAAAUAUCAGUUUCGUUGCUGUUCAGGCCAUCAGCGACUGCGGUUGCCACAGCUAUCAAGAAUCUCCUCGUUCCACCUUCAAAGCCAGAAUUAGGAGCCAGUGCUGUUGUGAUUUACGCCGGGCUUGUUUCGGAAGGGUGUGGACAUUGGUUGCUCCCAACUUUUGUAUGCACCCCAUCGUUUGUGGAAGAUGAAAUUGAAGAAAUCAUAUCGGCCUAUCCGAAACCGGUAGACAUUGAAAAUCUGCCUCCGCAUAAACGAAUUCUCCUCCACAUCGGUGUUGGUGGCAUCAGUUCCGGUGGCGACUGGAAACAGCUGCCCACACGUCGAUUCGACAGUUUGUCGGGUCGUCCUCUGGCAAUUUCCGUUAAUUCAACUCACCCACCAAGCAAGCAGAAGCCUACCGCUAGUGGAGAUUCGGCCACGGCUGAUGUGGAUUACACCGAUUUGCGAAAUCUGGUGGAUAGUUUAAUCAGUGAACUUCCGGAAUCUUGCUGCCCACUACUGGCGACGCUACUUAACCCCCGAGGUCCCACCGAUCAAACACUUCGCGUGUCACGACCAUGCCUGUACGUUUUUCCAGAAGGAUCUGGGCAGUCCGCAAUCCUCACACUACCCGGCUACAGUAUGCUCAUCGAUUCAGGCUGCUCACAUCGUCCAAAUUUUUGGCCUGUUGCCACCUAUCUGGAUCGGUUGGAUUCUGUGUUGGUUACUCACUGGGGAGUGGAUAAUUUGUUGGGUAUGCGCGCUGUCCUACCAGUGGCAUUUGAAACAAACCCGGCUCUACCUGAAUCACAGCAACCACUGCUCUGCCUACUCACACCACCCCCGAAUGUAGCCAAUGCAUUCCAGUUCCCCGAACCACACGUCAAUCGUUCUCCGUUCAGUUUGAGUCUGCCACGUCAGCUUGCUCAGCUAAUGUCCACGAUGAAGCAAAACGGCACUCGGUUGACGGUUUAUCCGGUGACAAGAGGUGCGAAACUCAGUUCAACUUCCCAGCCAAUCCAGCUAUAUAAAAAGAUUGGACAGGGUACUCUGGAGCUUCACGCAUUAACACCGACAGAUGAGGACACAGCCGAACUGCGCAAGUUAAACGAUGACUGGGCCAAAGCUUCCCCAGCUUUGAUGUCCACUCCGGUGAAUUUAAGCAAGAUGCCCCCAGCCAACCGAUCUUCUGUUCCAUUGUUGUCGCACACUAGUGUCUCUUGUUUGGUCCUCUGGCGUCCAGCCCGGGACACGGACCCUGUGUUACGUGUCCUGUUUGUCUCCCCCAAUGCGCACCAGACCCGCAUACUGGUCAGCUUGGAGGCUGUUGUGGCUGCAAACAUUUGUCUUCGUCACUCCAAAGCCUUACUGGCGGAACUUGAGCGCAAGCGUCCGGUAACUGCACCACCGAGACGACCCACUGUUCAGCAGGUACGCACGACGAAGACACCGUCAGUAUGUAGUGCGAACAGCCUCGAUCUGAAGGCAACUGGUAAAUCUGCACCCUCCCAUCCUUCCGUUAGAAAGGAAAGUGGGCCGAAUGCAAAAAACCAUGAACGAUCCUCUGUUUCGGCAAAAGGAGCAACAAACACUGAGAAAGUCGCGUCCACACCAAGCAAACCAAAUGCUAACCCGUUAGCCAACCCAACUUCUGUGGAGGCCAAUUCUUCAACUGGUUGCUCUGAAAACGGUGUUGUUGCAGUUCCUGCUCAAUCCAAUGGAAAUGCGAAUGGUUUUCAUCUGACUCAUCACCAUGACCUAACACCAGACCUGAAUCAGCUCGGAUUGCAUGAUGGGCCGCCACGUGAACUACUUCAGACCGAUGUUCCGUCAGACCCAUCGUUUACUGGUGGACAUGCAUCUCUUCUGGACGAUCCGGUUGCUGUUUGGGGCGUUCCACAGGGUCUGCCUGUCCCUGCUCCUCCAAUCGGUCCGACCCACGACGCCAAGAAUGCAACGGACAAGUCGGCUGCUUCUGCAAGAAGGUUGACCUCGGUUGGAAGUGGACGACCAGUUGCUUCUGCUAGGGGUGGUCGAUCUAACGAAACCACGUCACCCACCACAGGUCCAGGUUACAGUCCUGGCUGUACGGACGCCUCCGCGCACGCAAUCGGGCCUGGUGGAGCUAAACUUCCACCCUACGACAAAGUGAAGCCCGUCUAUGUGGACAUCUCGUUCCUUCCAGGUGGUGGGAACACACAUCUAGUGGAUGCUGAAUGGUUCAAACGUGUUCGAGCCCGAUAUUAUGUUGUUACGGAUCCGAAACCCUCCGUUGCCCUCAUGGAAGCCAUAGUGAUUGGCAAGGAAUCCUGGACAGGUGAGGAUGCCAAGCUCCCUGUGUCUGUCGUCUUUGCCCACGAGUCUGAAGAGCUUAUCAUCUGGCUUGGUCGAAAUGCAGGACGCCUGCAUGGUUGCCACUUGGACGUCGCCGCUAUCGCUAGCCGCUCCAGCAUCCAACUGAUGAGUGAGCCGCAUCCCGUCAUUGGCGGGCCUGUUUCCAGUCAACCUCUCACUUGCGCAGGCUACCGAAUUGAUCUGUAAUGACCCUCCAAAUUACAUACAGGCUUCUCAUCCCAAAAUACCCACCUACAACUGCCUCGUACCUCAAAUGUUCUGUCUAGAUUCGCAGCCUUUAUAUUUCCAUCAGUGCGCGGUGUCUCAUUCCUUAACAGCUUCUCUGACGCAUUUCUCUUUUUAUCGCUUGUCAUGCGGUUAAUCGCGACGCUUUUCCAGAAAAAAUAUUUCAUCGUCUUCGACUGCCUCCAUAGCAUCGUGUUUCACCAGGUAGUUUUUUCUCUUCAUAUCAAUGCAACACUUUUUCCGCUUUUUGUAAUCCAUCACCGAUGUAUCCAUCCAUACUCUGCUGCAACACAAAUUUCCGUGUAAUUUCUCUCCAACUUUUGUGUUUACCCGAAGCAUCCUUGCAAUCCGCGUUACUAAGACAUCCUUUGUUCUCCCCGAUCUGAGUCAGAACCGAUCGCCCAAAUCCUUCACCGACACGACUAGAACCAAUCGCCUCUCUUAUCUACAUCUCGUGGCAUUUUUUCAGUUCUUGUUUUCUUUCGGUCACAAUAUUAACUAGGAUUGAAUGACACUUUGAACUUUUCAGUUUUUUUAGUCAACAUUGGUUUUCGCAACGUUGAACUACUGAACUCGAGCAUAUUUGAUAAUCACAGGACCAAUGUUCACUCCUGGGGGAGCAUUAUACUAAGCUUUUCGUGGUAAUAAGGUCCGUUCGUGUGUGAAUGUAGACGAUAACCUCGUUCUCUUGGUGUUCUGACUCGAAGUUUCCAUUCUUAACCUCAAUCCCCACGCCACUUACGCGCGACAGUUAAAUUUACC